AUGAAUACCAUUCUGUUGUUCGCUGUAGCAGUACUUGGAAUCCUUUCCGACUGUUGUGGACAUAUCAUAUAUCAUCGAAGGAAAAUUGUAUCACCGCUCAUCCACCGUCGUGUUGUCAUUCCUCAUCGAAUUUAUAUUCACAGGUAUCCCACCUAUAUGGUCCGAAAAGGUAUGGGGACUAUCUACCCAACAAAAGGCCAUGGACCUUUCUACAGACCAAGCUUUCCUGCUAACAUAAAUACAUUUCAUCCGCAAGCGACGGUAACACCAAACUUUAUAGUCCCUUCAAGUGACCUUGGGUUGAAUAAGAGGUAUGUUUUCCCCACUACUGGCGGUACCAUCAACCAUGAAAACAGCGGUAUCGUAAAUACGGGAUUCGUUGUUCCCCGAGAAGCUGGAGUUAUCCCUAGUGAUGUGAAUGUUGUUGGGACACCAGAUUUUGCUAGUUCCGUACCAACAUUCCCAAAUCUUGGCAUCAACUCCAUGUUUGAUACUGGAGACAAAAUACUGAUUUCGGGAGUCGAGACCGGUAUAGGCUUUAAGACCAAAGAUGUGGAUGCUGAUGGGAAACCAGUCGUUCAAGAACAAAACAAAAACGGAGAUCAAGCAACAACACCAGACUCUCCAUCAUCUGACACAGGAAUCAGUUCCAUAGUCGUUACAGAUCCCGGUAAUGGAGAGGAGCUCCCAAUUAUAACUCCAGUGAUCAUUACUGAUGCAUCCGAUUCCAACCUCCCUGACACGGGACUUCCCGACAUGACAUUUCCUGAAAUAGGAUUACCUGACACUAACAAAAUUUUCCCCGGAGUCGAAGGAGAAAAACAGAACUCGAGCUGCCAUCAGACUGGUUGUGAUACUGGAGCUGAGUGUGUAUUUGCGGAGGAAUACAUUUGUCCUAGCUACAUUCCCUCCGUUGCGUGCGAGUGUCGCCUGGGAUGUCGCCUCGACUAUACCUUUAUCCCUCUGGGUGGAUCUAUCACGAUCGACGUUUGCGGAAACACGUGCUCCUGUAAUAACAUGUAUGGCGCGGCUGAAUGUACACAACGCAUGUGUAAACCAGAAGAUCCAACAAUUUCCAUUACGGGAACAGUUUCAUCAGAUGCUGAUCUCGGAGGGUUCCAAGGCGCAUUCGAUAGCCUUCCUACAGCAAAGAUCGACAGCGGAUUUGAAAUUUCAGCUAGUUCCUCAAAUCGUGUCACAGUCCCGGAAUUGCAACAAUUUAUCGAACCUAUGAAUGUGGUGGAAAAAAUUGUAAACGAUUCUUCAUUACCAGAAACUGUCUCUCAAAAACCUGGGGAUGAACUAAACAACGUUACCGGAAUUUCAAAUACAGACGUUACUACAACUAGAGAACUUUCGACAGAAUCUCCUUUGGUUUAA